AUGUUUCAGGAAAUGCUUCAAAGAACAUCAGAAGAUUUUUUUCCAAAGAUGGAAAGUUCAGUUGAAGAGAUGGAUACCUCUGAUACCCAGUGGGGCUGGUUUUAUUUGGCUGAGUGUGGUAAAUGGCAUAUGUUUCAGACCGAUUCAAACAGUCAUUGCUCUGUUAGCAGUGAAGAUAUUGAAAGGAGCUUCCGAACAAACCCACAUGGUUCUGUUUCUUUUACUACUGCAAAAUUUAACUACACACUAGACUUUGCAGUGAUGAAACAAACCAACCUAACUACCCUUAAGCAACGUCCAAUAAAGAGAGCUCCCUUUUCUAUCAGUGCUUUCAGUUUCAUCUGUGAAAAUGAGGCUAUCCCUAUGCCUUCACACUGGGAGAAUGUAAAUAGUGAGGAACCAUACCAGCUUAUUCCAUUGCAAAAGAAAACAAAUGAAUAUAAUGAAGUUUCUAGUCUCUUUGGAAAAACAAUGGAUAGCCACCGAAUUAAAAGAAUUAAGAGAAUACAAAAUCUAGACUUGUGGGAGUUUUUUUGCAGGAAAAAAGCUCAGCUAAAGAAGAAAAGAGGUGUCCCAACUAUUAAUGAGCAGAUGUUAUUUCACGGCACCAGUAAUGAAUUUGUAGAAGCAAUAUGCAUUCAUAACUUUGACUGGAGAAUAAAUGGGAUGCAUGCUGCUGUAUAUGGAAAAGGGACAUAUUUCGCAAGAGAUGCAUCAUAUUCCAGUCGUUUCUGCAAAGAGGACAUGAAGCAUGGAGAUACUUUUCAAAUUCAUGGUGUGAAUCUGCAGCCUCAUCUGCAUAGACCAGAUAAAGUCAUGUUUCUUGCUCGUGUAUUAACUGGUGACUAUAUCAAUGGUGAUUCAAAAUACAUGAGGCCUCCUUCAAAAGAUGGAAGUUUUGUGAACUUGUAUGACAGCUGUGUGGAUAACACCUGGAACCCAAAGAUCUUUGUUAUCUUUGAUGCCAACCAAAUCUACCCUGAAUACUUAAUAGAAUUUUGUUAAGUUUGAAAAGAGCUGAACUGAGUAUUGUUUGUGUCUUUUUUUAUACUUUUGUUCCUUUUGUAAAGACAACAAUAUAAAAACAUGAAGUGUGAAAGGAGAGAGGUGAAAGAAGAGCUAGC